AUGGUGUGUAGUGGGCCGAAAGUGGCAGUAGCCACAUACAACCUUUACUGGUGGUGCAUCAGCAACCAGUUUGGGAACUGCCCCCAGUUUGCUGUUGGAACGGGCUUCAACCAGCUCUACGAGCGCAUUUCAGCGAACCCCGUGGACCUCAUCGGCUUCCAGGAGUGUGAGGAUGUGGAGCAGGUGACAGCAGGGGCCGGACUCGUCAACUUUGGCUAUUACUCCACACCUAGAGGCAACGAUGCCCCGAUGGCAUGGAGUUUGGCCAGGUUCAAAGUCAUCGAGGGGCCGGCCAGCGAAUGGGUUGCACAGGAUUCCUACAGCUCGAGAUGGUUGAAUUGGGUUCGACUGCUGGAAUAUGAUAGCAAUGAUGUGAUCUUCUUUGCCAACACCCAUGGUCCAUUAGGCCAGUGCACAGGUGAACAAGGAAAGAAGGUCGCCCAAGGAUAUUUGCGGUCAAUUUGGAGACACCUGAAGCCGCGGGACACUGUGAUUUUCACUGGCGAUUUCAACUGCAGGAUCCUGGACCAAACCCUCGUCACUCUGAGGGAAUCGCUGCAAGACUGUGCCUGGGAUACCGUCUUCCAAGCUGCCGAUCAUAUCUUCUCUGGUCAUGGCGUGGGCUUGUGCAGCCAGGAAAGAGUUGACGGUGCUCCUUCUGACCACCAAUUUCUGAAGGCUGUUCUGUUGCCACAUGGAGGGCCAAAGCCGCCCAAGCCAAAGCCGAAGAGACAGAACAAGUCAGCUUUGGCACCUCAUGGCUGUCCGGAAGCUCCUUCCAACGGACCUUGCUGCCGUCACUGCGGAAGCAAUCGCUUUUGUCCAAGUAACGGAGGCUGCUAUGCAGAUGGCCAGCAGGGCUGCCCCACAGCCACCUGCAACCCCGUCUCUAAGGAGUUGCUUCUGCUUUAG